UCAAUAUACUCCGUUCUGUCAGUGGAUUUUCUUGAUCGUGCAUUUAGUAAGGACCUCAAUUUUGACAUUGACAAUUAUCUUGUCACGAAGGUUUGCUGUAGUUGAUUGUUUACCGAGUGUUGGCCACACAAGCUUCUGCUUCUGGGUGGUGUCUUUCGGAUUGACCAAACACCCCUCUUGCGUUCCUUGAUCUUGGUGGAGAUCAGAUUCUUUCAGAGUCUCUGAAUUUGACUUGCACACAGACUUCUGGACAUUGGAGCAGUUCAUGGGUGAGAAAAGGCACUUGGACCAUUGAGACCGUCCUCUGUUAGGUGACAUGGAGGAAAUUGCGAAGGAGGGCAUAGAAGAUAAAGUUCAGAAGUUUUUACAAUGGAUGCAGGUCAAUGGAGCAGUCCUGAAGAGCUGUUAUUUGAAGCCUUCCGCGCAAGACGCAGAGGCUGGGCUGGGCUUAUAUACAAGAGGAUAUUGUUCCAAUGAUGAGGUCCUCAUGGUGAUUCCUCUCGUUCUGGCAAUCACACCCAUGACUGUACUCCAGGAUCCAUUGGUAGGUCAUCUCUUUGGCACGGUGUUUGCAGAUGGACAGGUAGAUGACAGGCAUGUCAUGAUACUCUAUCUCAUGGUGGAGCGCGCUCUUGGGUGUUCUUCUUUCUGGGAACCAUAUUUGAAUAUGCUUCCCAAGAAAUUUGGAACGAGUGUACUCUUUUCCGAAGAUGAAUUGCUGGAGUUGAAGGGAACCUCUUUGUAUAACGCGACAAAACUCCAGAAAGCCGCCUUGGGCCAACAGUUUACAGAAAAGGUGAAGCCUAUCGUGGAAUCGAUAUUGGAAUCUGUUCAGUGCACCAGAAGGGAAGUCACAAUGGAAGACUAUUUGUGGGCGAACUUCAUAUUUUGGACCCGUGCCCUUACGAUACCUUGCCCACAUUCUAUGGUUUGUCCUCCAACUGUGCCAACACCAGUAUCUUCACUAUAUCAAAAGAAACAGGAGAUGACAGAAACGAUGGGUGUGGAUAGUUCAGUCUUCGACUCUUUACGGUUAGACAGUGAGGGUCAUAAGCAACAUUCGUUCUCAAGUACCUCACCGCAAAUACUUGAGUCGGAGAAUGCUCUUCAAGAAAGCGAACGUGAUGAAGAGCAGAAUGGAUACAAAUUAAGUCUUCCAGUGAAUGGGGUCAGUUUGAGUAAGAAGGGUGACGAAAACUACCAGCAUGUCCAGGAGCCUCCGCCAGACUUUCAAGAAAGUGGAGAUUGUCAAGUACGUCCACCUGAGAUGGUCGAAGGGCUUGUUCCAGGAAUUGACUUCUGCAACCACGCUGUUCGAGGAGUUGCUCGAUGGGAGGUAGACGGUUCAGACGGCUCGAUCACUGGUAUUUCAAACUCUAUGUAUUUGGUCACAGGUCCUAAGUCCAUUUCUGCAAACACUGAGAUUACCAUCUGCUACGGUAACAAAAGCAAUGAGGAACUUCUUUAUCUCUACGGCUUCGUGCUUGAUAACAAUCCGGAUGAUUAUUUGAUGGUGCACUUUCCCAUUCAAGCACUGGAAGACGGUGAGUGCCCUGAGGCGAAGUCACAGUUGCUUGAGAAUCAGGAACUACCACUGCGAUGGCUCCUAACUUCUUCCAUAUUACAAGGAGGAUAUUUGAGUGAGCGAUGUAAUAAAGACUCCAAACCGUUUGACUGUACUUCGGAAGUCAAAGAGCAUCCAGCCUAUCGAUUCAGUUGGAGUGGACAGCGGAAACCUCCACCUGGAGUUAGACACCAAGUUUUUCCCGAGGAUAUGAUGGGUGCACUUAGAAUAAUUGCGAUGACUGAAGAAGAGAUUCAGGGUGUACAGAAUCUGCUAGAGGAGCUUUCAGAAUCCAGCCAACGGUUGCCAUCAACCGAGGAUGUAAAGGCAGCUGUUUGGGAAGUAUGUGGAGAUGUAGGUGCUUUGCAGCUACUACAGGAUUUGCUAACAUCCAGGGUACUGGCAUUGGAAGAAGGGACCGGGCCUGAAUAUUUAGAUUCUGAUCUUCUUGCCAAACAUCGUCAGGCCAAAGCUGAUUUAGAGAAAAACCUGCAGCAGGGCAGUGUGUGCGAAGGGGAUAAUGAUCUCAUGAAUCCUGAUCUGCUGAGCAGAAACAAGCGGGCAUGUGUGGUGUAUCGGAAAGGUCAGAAACACUUAGCAACACAAUUUUUAAAAGAAGUAGAAUAUGCUCUUGAGAGGUGGAUUAGUUGAAUAUAUAGCACUUUAGACAGAUAUUUUUGUACGCAGAUGAGCUCCUAGCCAUCACAUAAACAUAAACACAGACAAACGUAGAAAUCAGAACACUAGGUUCGUCUGCACCUAGUGUCAUACUUUGUGCACAAGCUCAUGUACGGUAGUGCAAUCUUUUCCAAUCUAGUGCAAACACCAGGAUGGUUGAGAAAGAUGUAUGUUUAUAGGAUGUGGCUAUAAAGCUGAAGUGGUUAUGGCAGCAUUGAUGUAAAUUGCCUUUUAUCUAUGCAAAUAUUCUGUCCCCUUGCUUUUUGGA